ACAGCUGGGGCCGCCGAUCGAUCACACAUCUCCAUGCACGUCUGCCUGUCUGCCCAUAGUGCGAAUCCAAUUAAGAAGCUCAAAAUCAUGUGAGAUCGUACGUAGCCGAGAUAUCCUCGAGAUGCUGCGGUAGCAGCAGGAGCAGGUGCGUGUCUUCCACACAGGCAUUGCGAAGGCGAGCGGGCAUGUACAACCGAGUGAGUCAGUGGAAAGUUUGAAGAAGCGGAUUGCGACUUUUCGGGGUCUCUUGGAAGGCUGCGAGGCAAGAAAGGACGGACCUAAAUGUGUGCCCGUCACGCCGAGAAAAUGGACACUGCUGUACGAGAAGAUGUGCUGGAUGACAUUGGAUUCAUUCGUACACCCCUCGACCUCUGCCGGAUCUCAGAAUUGCAGGGCUGCCGAAAUGCAACAUCAUGCAUCACGUCGUUGUUGUAACGUUCUGCGUACGGUCUCGGUCUCGGUCUCGGUGGUGGCGAGGUUGCAAAUGGACGGGAAUGCUCGAAACGAGGACCGGCCGCAUCCGAGAUUCAGAGAUCUUUGUGAUCAUUGCAUUUGGGGAAACGGACGAAUGACAUCUAUGUAAUUGUACAAUCUUGAAUCGAUGGGGGACGAUUGGCUGGCGCUGGACAAGGUGGAGCAUUUCGCUUCUUGUUUUCUCAUCACCGCAGUCGUGGUUCAUCUCGCUGGCCGAACGAGGCUCCGCAAAUGGAGAAUUAUGGUCGGUGCUCUGGUUGGGUUAGUGGCAGGUGCGGCCAAAGAGGCAGGCGAUGCAACAGGCAUUUGGCCUUCUGCAGGCGCCUCGGUGAAAGAUGGAGUGGCAGAUAUGAUCGGCGUGGCUGCAGCAGUUCUUUGGAACUUAUUUCUUUCUCCUCUCUGGAGACAGAAACCUCAAGCGAUUUCCAAGGAUGGAAUCGACCAAGUUUGAGCUUGAGCUAGAGCUUGAGCUCGAGGUCACCGACCAACCAACCAACCCACCCACCAACCGACCGACACUGAGAGGUGCUUUGCAACUUCGCAGUGCUGUACUGAGUGCUGCCAUCAUUUCAGAGUGUUCAACGCCUCUCUCGAUCAUCUGAAGGUUUCUGGAGGGUCAUUGCAGGGCAGAUCACGCCCCUUUCUCGUCCUCUACCUUUCACAAUGCACUUCGCUCCUCACAGCGCAAGAAGGCACAAGGCUCAAGACUCAAGGUAACCACCACUUCUCAGCACUGUUCCGAAAGGUGGAUAUGACCACAUCGUUAAAGAUGAGAUUCAGAUGAUGCACUUUUCUCGAGGCGAUGACUGUGGAUAUGAACAACUGUUUCCAACGAGUCAGAGGUGUGGAGGUCCGAAUCUCGAGCGUCACCACGUCGUCAGUAAAGAAGAAACGGAGAUCUCGAGCUCAAGCAGGUACCUUGAAAGCAAACUUAUAUGUGGAUUAAGACGGAGGCAGUGACACUCUUUCGCAAUGUGGAUGAUGAUCCUGUGAAGCAAUAUAAACUCCACUUGAGAUCCUGGAAUCCUACCCACCACCAUGACGUCACCUGAAGAAAAGUCGUUGCAUGACAAACGCCGACUCAUUCUGUUUACUGGCAUUCAAAUUUGCCAAGGUCUGUUGACCAAGUGGGCGAUUAGAGUGUAGUCCACUGUGAGCCCUGAUAUCAUGGCUUAUGUAGCAGUAUAAACUCAUACAUUUCGAUUUCUGCGUGUCAUCCUUGCGGGGGCCAUGCUAAUCUUCUCUGUAUCGUUCCCGAAGGAUUUUAGCGGAUGUUCCCGAAGGGACAUUUAUUAUAGUGGAGUCUGACCACCAAAGAAAUGAUAGACCACAUUUGAAGAAACCAAGGAAAGGUAGAAAGCGUAGCCUUCUGGAAGACUCAUGGAAUGUCGAGUCUUUCUAACUGCCUCUGGAAAGGGACACCAAACACCUGGCAUUCAAGGUGGCUGUGGUGCGAUGAGUUCAUUCUUUUGUUAAAGAACUGGG